UGCUGCUGGUUCGAAAUCUAAAAGACACCGCUGUAUCUUAUUUCCAUUUUUACAACAAUAUGCCUACACUUCCCUCCUUUGGCUCAUGGGAUGAGUAUUUUACAGCUUUUAUGCAUGGAAAAUUGUGUUGGGGCUCCUAUUUUGAUUAUUUAGUUGAAUGGAACAAGCAUAUGGAUGAUGAAAAUGUUAUGGCGAUAACCUAUGAAGAGCUGAAAGAGAAUCAGAUGUUAGGACUGAAAAAAAUAGCUGACUUCUUUGGGUUCUCUCUAAGUGAGGAAGAGAUUCAGACUGUUGCAGAGAAGAGCAGCUUCAAAGCUAUGAAAGAGAAAUCCUCCAAAACUCAUGGAGCAUUUGGGAAAAUUUUCUUCCGUAAAGGAAUUAUUGGUGAUUGGAAGGACCAUUUCUCUGAAGCUCAGAAUAAAGAAAUGGACAGAAAAUUUGAAGAGUGUUUAGCAGGAACUAAACUGGGAGAAAAGAUGAAAUAUGGAUUGUAUUGCAAGGCCUAAAGAGCAAAACCUAAUGCAUCUGUUUCCCUUAGUAUGAUCUGUUCACUUGUUUUUGUACACUGGAAAAAUCAUCUAAACUUCUGUGUAUCCAAGUGUAAAUCAUUAUGUUCUAGUCCUUAAUACCAGUAAUUUAUGACAGAUGUGUGCUUUAAAUGUGAUACCUCACCAUGCUUAAUAGAUCUUUUAAGUAUGCAUAUGCCCAUUGUAUGACACUGCCUUAGAAAGGAGCCCUAGACUUCAUUAUCAUCUACGCUAUUCUGAGGCGGUAUCAGGCAGAAGCACCAUCAGUUAUUUAACCAUUCUAUCAAAAACAAUUUAAUCGGCGAGCCAAUUCUGCACUGAGAAAUCCCAUGAAGUUCAUGGGGGUUGAAUUUGAUGUAAGUCCGUGCAGAAUUAGGCUUAGAGUGUCCAGAUGAUCCAGGUGUCCGAAAGCGAUAGAAAUUCCAUCAAAUAGAUUUUUUUGCCAUUAACAGUGACUU